CUUGCAGAAGAUUUCGCUUUCGCUUUGGCAUCGACUGGCCCGCCUCCGUGUUCACAUCCAGGUCUCACCAAGAUGCUCCCACAACGUCCAUCCCACUGUCCCGUCAUCAUGCUACGCGAUAUCCGGUGACAAUUUGGUCCAACAAACCCCCCAUGAGAGCUCCGUCAAUCUCCCACUCCGACGUUUGCCACCGUCGCCAUGAGCUCCCUACUCAACCCUAUUCACAGCGCGAAGCAGAAAUGCCGCCCCAAACACCAAGUCCUUGUCCUGAAAUGCUAUCCCAAAUACCAGAAGAAUGUUCAGGAAGUCAAGCCCAUGUCCUCCGAGCUCAGCUACCUGCUCUAUUAUGCCUCCACUCGCCGCAACAAGCUGCAGAAAGUCGGCGCAUUCCUCGAGAAGAAGAACGCCGGCGACGUCUGGAAAGGAAGGCUCGGCAAUGUCCAGGUGACCCUUCAGAUUCUCGCUGCCAUCAUCGAGAAAGCCCCCCGCGACCUGUCUCUUUAUUCCAGAUCCGUUCUCACUAUCCUCGAUUCUGUCCUACGUUCGAAAGACGUAAACAUGGUGGAAGACUCUAUUCCUACAUUUGAAGCCUAUUGCAAAUACGUGGACGUCGCCUCUCUCACGGCCGAUCAGCAGCGUGCUCAGCAAUAUGUCUCCCUCGUCCAGCACUACACUGGGUUUGCCUUAAAAACGAAACCCUCGGACAGAAAACAAGGAGACUCCAUCCCACUCUCUCUUAGAUGGCGGAAAAUCGGUCUCCGCGCCAUUCGGGCCGUCGUGGCCUCUGACGCUUUGGCUGUGGACUCCAGUCGACAACUGAACCUGGUCAUGCCUGUGAUCCUGGAGAAUAUGUCGCUGGAAGAAGAGAAUAUACUGUCAACAUUGCAGCAGCGGGCAAAGACAAGCGAGAGGAUGGACGACGAGACCGCCAGGAGGAGGCGUAUGAGUAUUGCCACAGUCACAACCGUCGACACCAUUGAUGGCGAUCCUGCUGCCGCCGUGGAGACCACUGCGGGUGCGGACAAGGUCGCCGAAGAGGAGGUUAGAGCUCUGGCAUUGAGAUGCCUGAAACAAAUCUUCUCUGUAGGCAUUGGAAGUACAAGGGGUCAAACAAGGUUGGCAACAGCUUUGACCCUGAAAUUCAUUGCCUCAAAAAAUCCGCCCAAAGUCACGCCGGAAACAUCAAGAACCGGCAACUGGGCGACGUCUCUGUUUGAAGCAAUUGCGCGAUGGACACCUGUACAAGAUCGUUUCAUUAUCGUUGUCACAGCCAUGGAAACUCUGGUUAGAAGCCCCAUGGCGGAGGGGGUCCUGGAGAAACAGCUGGUCCUCACAACCAUGAUCGAUUGGCUUCUCAGUUCGCCUGUCAAUCUCAUCGGAUUAAGCGUCAUGGAUGUUCUACUCGGUUUCAUCCAGCACAUGCUAGUUCUCCUCCAGCUUGGUGGACCCAACGCUCGCGUCACGCAGCCACAUCGAGAGGAUACUCUCGGGUUCUAUCGAGAAGCCAAGGAAGCAUUCGAUCCAAGUUCAGUCUUGACCGACAACAAGAUGUCCCGGACGCUCUCCAAAGAGUUGACAGCAUCGCCCGUCCGGCAAGAAUUGCUCGAGAGACUACAAAAAUGCAUCGCGUCUCUUUCCAACCACAUCUACUACACAGACCAGAUCAGCGACAUGCUGACAGCAAUUCUGGCGCGGCUGAAACCAUCACCCCAGUCUGAAGUCCCGACAUCGGCAGCUGCUAUCAACGACCCAGCAGCCGCAACGAAAGCGAUUGCAGAGUCUGCGAACAUACAUGAAGACGCCAACACCUCUACAUUCUUUUCGUUUGCAACGGCGCGGGUCACUGCUUGCCGAGUCAUCAAAGAAAUCUUGGUUCGCGCCAAUAGCAGGCGAAGCGCCAUGGGUGCGCCCAUCGAAGCACGUGCACGAGUCGGAGUGCAAGUGUGGGAAGGCACUCAGUGGCUCCUUAAAGACGAAGACAAAGAAGUGAGAUUUGCAUACGUCGACGCGCUGUUGGCUUGGCUCAAGCUCGAAACCAACAAGAGCGACUUGCUUCUACCCCGAGAUGGCAAUCGAAAGCAGACGCAGUCCAAGAAAUAUCAGGGCGAGAAUGGUGUGGCCAAGAGGGCCGUUUCCAACGCAUCUCGCAAAGAAAACAAACCUACAAGAUCCAAUUUUCUUGCUCUCUUACAUCUCGCUGUUUACGACAGUAUCCUGGACGAUGUCGAAAACGAAACGAACCUCCUUCUUCUGUACCUCCUCCUAACCAAAUUGGUUGAAAGGCUCGGAGUUAAUGCGAUCCGCAGUGGAUUGCCUAUGAUACUCAGACUCCAGGAAACAGCUCUCAAUGGGGAAGUUGUCUCCACCUCAGGAAGAGUCAAUGUGGGAAGUGUUGUGCAUGGCUAUCUGUGGACUAUCGCGGACAAUUUUGACUUUGAGACAAGUCCACCUGGUCAUGAAAUCAACGCCGAAAUCUCUCGGAGGAAACGGUUUGGAAUUUGGCUCGACAAGGUCAAAUUUCCAGCGCUGUCUGUCGAGGACAUCAGACAUCUUCGAAAGGAGACGGAGAAGACCCCAAUCUACAAUGAAGAAGCCGUCGAAACCAUCAAGCCGUUCCUGUCGGUUGUAAACAUUGUGGAGGAAAUAGCGACUGCAUACGACAACGCUUUGCUCACACCGCCAACCUCUGCCCCAAAUUCGCCUGGAAGAGUCUUCUCUGUUCCGACUCUUGGAUUUGGUUACGGUUACGGAGCCGCUCCUCAACCGAAGGCGUCCAGAGAGGAUCAGCUUCCGCAGAAGGUCAAAGAUGAGAUGGCUGCAGGGUGGAGCAGAGAAGCAUGCAUUGCUGCGGUUGAAAAGGAAAGUGCGGCAUCUGUCACAGGAUCUCGAACGGGGGCAUCUUCUAUCCCUAAACAGCACCUUGGCGUCAAUGGGGCUGCUCGUCCGUUCGGCUCUGUGAAUGGGAAAGAGUCAACUGCGACGGCAAACGGCACCACAACCCCAACUUAUGGCCUGACGGGCGGAUUAGGAAGCCUCACUCAAGUCCGAAGGGCGAGCGCCACUGGUUCACCUGCAAGGGUCCCGACCACGUCCAGCAGAGAGUCGACGGUCAGGGUCACUGACUUGAAAAGAGCGCUGUCCGGAUACGGCGUUACAGGAAGGCGGCAGAGUCCCCUGCGGAGACCGCAGGCUGGUUCGCGCAGGAGUACAGGAAGCAGCGGAAGCAGCAGCAUGCUUAGUUGGGAUGAGGCUGACGACCGUAAUCCAUCCUUCCUCGACGUCGCAGCCGCUGGUGAUCCAACCGAGCAACCUCUCGAUAGCAGUCCGCCGAGGCCACAGACGUCAUCCUCGGGCAAUCCCAAGAUGGCGGACCAGAGAGAUGCGACAUACCAUGACCAAACAACGCUACCGAGUGUUACAGUUGAUCCUCGUACGGAUACGAACGUCCCGCCGGUGCCAAAGAUCCCGUCAACGCUCAACCUUCCUGGUACCUGGCCCCGUGACGCUUCACCAGCGCGACCUGCAGAGAGUUCGCCGGAAACAGCCGUCUCGGCCGUGCCAGAAAGCCCGAAGUCACGAAAAAUCACAGGUAAAACGUAUUCAACGUCACCAGCGCGAGAAAAACAAAGCCUCCGGAAGACGUCCCGGCCAACAAGCCGCAAGGGUGCGACGCCACUAUCUUCAUCUCCGAAUGAGAAGUUCGAUUUGGGAUCACUGUUGGCGGCCAUUCCUAUCCCUAUAGCAGAGGCAGCAGGGGAUAUGCAGAAGGAAAACCGAACCGGCCGGCUCAUACGGCCUCCUUAUUGAUGGAUUGUAGUAAUGAGAAAACUCUGGAUUGUACAUUACUGGGCAAUGGCUUUGCUGGCCAUGAGUUGUGCAAAAUGAGCGUUCCCUGUUGUUUCUAUUGUGUUUGGUUGUUUGUUCCAAGUUAGACUCGCCGAGAGUUUCUGCGAGAUACUGUCUCUAUGGUGAAAAUUCAAUCAAGUGGAUGGAUUUGAAGACUCAUUUAAGAUGUAAACCCGACGAGGGCGGGACCAGUCCGUACUCUGCUGUCGGUUUGUGAGAUUUAUAGAAAUCGAAUGACGAUAUACACGUCAUUUGAACAGCGACAUCGUGACACCUGG